GUAGCGAGUAGGAGGGAGACACGAGCGGCGCGAGUGGACGGGCGGAGAGUUAGAGAGGCGGGCGAGUGAGUUCGUAGAGAGCGGUAUAGAGAGAAGUAAGUAAGUUAGGAGAACAAUAAGGCUGAAAUCACAUGGUGCGGAAUAGAGCUGCGGAAUAGAACGUGCGUCAUAGAAGCAGCCAAUCAGAGCUAUUCCGCAUUUUCUGUUCCGCAAAUGUUUGGCCGGCCUGUUCCCAUGGUGCGUCAUAGACGGGCAAUGACGCAUCCGGAAUGAAAAUUGUAGAUGUAAUACAACUUUUAUUAAAAUAAAUCAAACGUUUUUAUAAAAUGUAAUAUUUGUAAUAGCAAUAAUAAUCAUUAAUAUAAUAUUAUAUGAAAUUUUGUAUUGAAUAUUAAAAAGUUGAAAACAAUAUUUUUAAAUUUUUGAACUGCAUUGACGCAUUCUUGGUCAUUUUUCUGCACCAUGUGAACAGGCCGGUCAAAGAUUUGCGGAAUGCGUGAUGCGUGAUGUAGCUUGGUCGUACACCAUGCAAUAUUGUUAACCUUUUUUGCUAAAACUUUGUUUUUGUCAGAAAAUAGCAAAGGUUAUGAAUAUGGAAAAUAAAAUAGUGAUGAUUCAAGAGUCUAUUAAAGUUUUAACGAGAGUAUACAUGAGAAGAACUCCAAUGCUCCAGUAUCAAAAGGAAAAAAUCAGAAUUGCUUUAGUGAAAUUAUGGUUACUGUAUACAAAAUUGUCAAAGCAAAAAUCCAAAAGAAGGAUGUGGGUCAGGCCUAUUUAUUCAAUUGAGCAGCGUUCCUCUCAAGGAGAUAGUGACAAUUUAGUUAAUAUGUUACGAAUGACAGAUCCUUCACUAUAUUUUAAUUAUUUAAGAAUGGAUGCUAGCAUCUUUAAAGAUCUACUAUUAAUAGUAGGUCCUGGAAUUGAAAAGCAAUUAAAUAUUAGAGAACCAAUUGCUUCAUAUACAAGACUGCAAAUAUGCUUAAGAAAAAGUAAACUGGCUCAACUUCAAAUAUAUAGAUCAACCGUUACUUGGUUAUGGCUACAAAUUCUGUGAUAUUCUAUGACGCGUAGCUAUGACGCAACGACGCCAAUGACGCGAACGCGCAUGCAGAAAAGGUUGUAGAUUCUGCGGCAAAGCUCUGAUUGGCUGCUUCUAUGACGCACGUUCUAUUCCGCAGCUCUAUUCCGCACCAUGUGAUUUCGGCCUAAGGAGGGUAUGGCGGAAAUCGAAAAUAGAGAGGAGGAGGGAUUAGGAGGAGAGGAACAAGUGGGGGAAGAGGGAGAAAAGGGGGGAGGGUUGAAAAACAAGGGAGAAGUAGCGAAAAAGAAGGGGAGGUCGACGAAUUUAGAAAGGCUGACUAGGGAAAGAACAAGAAGCAUGAAUAGCAUAGAGGAAAUGUUGACAAAGGGAAAAAGGAAAAAACGAGAGCAGGAUGAGGAGGGGAUGGAUUUGAUAGAGGAGGAGGAGAUACUUAAAAGAAUCAGGAUAGGAAAGGGGUCACCGGAGAUAAAUGAGUGUAGAGGGGGCAAUAUGGGUAAAAUAUUAGAGGAAUUAGGAAAGUUGGGAAAGAAAAUGGAUGAAGGAAAGGAGGAGCUGAAAAAACAGAUAGUAGAAUUAAAAAAUAGGUGGGAAGAGGAGAGAAGAGAAAUGAGGGAUAGGAUAGAGUUGAUGGAAAAAAGAAUAGAAGACUUAGAGGAGAAAUUGGAGAAGGGUGGGGAUAAAAGGGAGGAAUUUUUAAAAGAGAGGAGGAAGGAAGGAAAGGAGGGAGAAGGGGGGAUAACAAGAAGAAUGAGAGAAUUCGAAGUAAGGUUAGACAAAAGGGAGAGGGAAACAAGGAGAAAUAAUAUAAUAGUCAAAGGAAUUAAAAUAGGAGAAGGAAAGGUGGAGGAGACAAUAAAAGCAUUAUGGGGGGAAAUGGGUAUAGAAGAGAACCUAAGGGAGGACAAAGACUUCUGGGAAGGUUUGAAGGAUUGGGAUGUAAUAGUAAUGAGUGAGACAUGGGUGGAUAAGGGAGGAUGGGAAAAAGUGAAGGAAAGGUUACCGAAGGGUUACGCGUGGGAGGCACAGUGGGUAGAGAAAAAUUAA